GGCCACCGGUCGCACUCCGCCCCGUGUGUCCGCCUGCCGUCCGCGUCUGCCGCGCCGUCGCCAGCCAGAAUGAGACCGGACAGGAGCGACACGGUGCUGCUCGGAGCUGUACUGCUGUGCUGCUGCGCCCUCACCAUCGCCAAAGCCAUCCAGAAACGGGAAAUUAGUCCAGACAUGUUGUUUCAAGCAAAAGACAAGCGGCCAUUCUGCAACGCUUUCACUGGCUGCGGCCGUAAGAGGUCGGACCUGUCACUGCUGGAGGAGGCCGCCGGCGGACCGCCGCAGCCGCCGGCCGGCGCCGACUCGCGACUCUGGGAGGACCUGCUGGCCACCCUGCUGAGGGCUCGUCAGGAACAGGCGGCGCCCCAGUACUACCGGGGUCGGAGGAGCGUUCCGGAACAGGCAGCCGUAGCACCGGUACAGCAGGUCAAUGAGCCGCGGGUGGCGGCGACGGCUCGCUGAGGACCGCCACCUGACCUGACCCUGCCGCGGGCCAGGCCCUGGGCGCGGGAACUGAGCGCUGACCACGGAGGCUGAGCGCUGGCCACGGGGCUGGCCCGCACUGACCCCUUGCCGACGGCGUCUCGGUGCAGCGACAGCCCCCAGUGACGCGCGCACGGCUCUCAAAUCAUCCGCCAGUCCGACCGACUGGUUCAAUGGAGGCGCGCAUCGAGUGUUAUAUUAUGUUACGCCUGCAUCCAAUGGGCGCGGCUAAUAGGGUUCCAGUUGCAUUGGGCGAGAACGUCACCACAUUUUGUCUCUUCCGGUCGUAUAAGCGUACUGGGCGAAUCCCCUCGCCGAUGUCCACCACAUGAGUGUUUUAUGUAAUAUAUGGAAAUACAU